ACAAUGGGAAGUGCAAAUGAUGUACCAUCGCAACACCAAAGGUUGAUAUCAGCAGACUAACCAAAAUGGUAUAAUUUGCAAAGGGUGGGUGUAAACAGGCGUAGGUGUAAAUAUAUAAUAUAUAGCCUCACAUUUUACAAACACUCUUUGAAACAAUUUCCUUUACCCAUUUUUAAUUAAGUCUGCUUGUGGUGGCCGAGGCAUAUGUUAUUUUUUUUAUGAAGCAGACUUUAUUUGACUGGAAUAGUGUCUAGUCUAGUAACUGUUGUUGGCAUUUAUGCAAUAAUGCUUGAGAACCCGGGAAUUAUUGUGUGACAACUCGCGACAAUGGCUGUACUGAGGUCCGAGGCGGAGCAACGUUUUUUAUGGAGGCAGAAUUGAUUUGACUGGAAAAUUAUUGUAACGCUCAGUGGUCUAGUCUGGUAUCUGUUGUUUCACCGUUGAUUUUGCUGCCACCUGUUGACUGUUGCAUUUACCGCACAAUUACGUUUGUGACGUGUAUCAAAUACGCCAUAAGUGAUCGUGUUCGUAUGGAACGCCUUCCAUAUGUUUGAAACAGAUCAGACAUUUGACCAUCCAUUCAGUCAUCACGUUGGCGUUGUUGGUGGUCGAAAAUGUAUUAAUCUGCAUUUUCUUGCAAUGUAAUUGCAUCAUAAUUUUUUGGGGUGAUACAUCCGGUGAUAAUAUGGAGAAGAAAGAAGUUGAGGUAGGCUUUGUUUUUCAGAUUUGUUUUAUAUCACACAUUUUGAAAGGCAAGAUAAGUCUUGCCAUCUGCCAAAGUCAGGAAUAGUGAGUAGUUGGGUAAAGGUGAUCACCAAGGUGACAUUAUGCAUAGAGGACUUUCUGAAGAGAUUCCAGGGUCAGAGGUCAAAGGUUAUAUAACCUUUUGAUAAAUAAUGUAGGCUAAUUAAUGAGAGUCUGAGGAAAGUGAUAUGUAAAAUCUCAGUCACAGGACACUGAAGCAGAGAGAGAGAUGCAGGAGGCUGAUCCAGAAUCAGCCGGCCCAUCUCAGUCACAGGAGACUGAAGCAGAAAGAGAGAUGGAGGAUGCGGAUACAGAGUCAGCCGGCCCAUCUCAGUCACAGGAGACUGAAGCAGAGAGAGAGAUGCAGGAGGCUGAUCCAGAGUCAGCCGGCUCAUCUCAGUCACAGGAGACUGAAGCAGAGAGAGAGAUGCAGGAGGCUGAUCCAGAGUCAGCCGGCCCAUCUCAGUCACAGGAGACUGAAGAAGAGAGAGAGAUGCAGAAGGGUGAUCAGGACUUAGCCGGCCCAUCUAACACAUGGGAGCCACAUCAGACUUUUCAUUGCAACCUAUCCUUGGCCCAGAGAAGCUCCUCCUCAGAACUCAAAUUCUUAGGGGAGGAGAUGACUGAGAAGCAAUGGAUUCGUUUUACUGAGAAUAUGCAUGAAAGGUUCACCAUAUUUGAGGCUCAUGCUAAGUGCAAGAACAUCCUGUCAUGGGUGAAGAAGGCCUCUUCAACUGAGGUGGUCCCUGCCCUUGAUCUCAGCAUGGAUUUGCCCUGGACACCAUCAUCAUCAUCAACUUCCUCCUCCUGGUCUUCAGUCGUAAUCAAUGUAGCAGAUCUGGGAGCGGCCUCCACAUGCCGCAGCAUCAGAUUCAGCCUUGGGCCAAGUCAUGGGCCAAGCGAGGUCGCCAACCCUAUAACUGGUGCCAGCACACGGAACCAAACUCCCUUCCCCUCCCCCAUUUUCUCAGAGGAGUCUUUGGGAAAUGAGGAAGAGGAUGACAACCUAAGAAGAUAUUCCUCCGCAUCUGAGGACAGAGAUAGAGAGGAUUGGGACAGACCCCGCUCAGACCCCCUGAGGUCUGUGUUUGGACUGUCUCACAGCUUUAUCUUCAGUCAGGUUCACAGAGACGCCCACAGGUCCCUGAGUGAGGUCAUACUGCCGUCCAUCCAGAGGAGACCGAAGAAGAUGAGGCCUAUUAUUCUGUCUGCGGACACCAGGCUGAUCAUGGCCAUUGUGGAGAUCAUCAUCAAGCAGAUAAAUGCAAGACUAGCCCAGAUUGUGCUGAAAGGAUGUGCCAGUCAGGGAGCUGAAGCUCCUUCGACCAGCAUCAGCUCACUGAGCAGUCAAUUUGCUGAGCAGAUGCUGAGGAUAAUCACAACCACAAUGAAUGGCCAUAUCAUGGGACAGAUGGCGCUCACUCGGCUGUCUGGAAAGUCCCCUCUGGAGAUCGAGAGCAGGCUUGAGACAGAGCUAGGGCCACUGGCAGGUCAGGUCAUUGUUGCAACCAUCAGCAGCAUCCAGAGGGCGAAGAGCGAUGCUCAGACAGGACAUGAGGUUCGGGUGUCCUCACCUUGCACCUACUUCCUGUCAGCUGUGUCGGCUGAGGUGCAGAGUCUGGUGGUCCAGAGAUCAGGGACCAGGAUGUCAGCCAGACAGUCAGGCAGCAACCACCUGCUGAACCUGUCUCAGGCGAAGAUCACCAGGGCCGUCGAGUUGAAAAUGGCUGAAAUGUACCGCGGAUCCCUGUGGGAUUGGUCCCUGACAGAACAGAAUAUCCAGCCAGGUCAUGGCAGAAUCACUGCCAUGUCCAGUGAUUUGGUGGAUUUGGUGGUCGAUGAUACCCUGGAUGCCCUUGGAUAUCUAGAGAACCAGGCAUUAUCCGGGCCCCAGAGCGUUGGCUACCGGAACGGGAUUGAAGGCCUCGACAUUGAUGGUGUGGCAAGGGACAUGGUCCGGAAAGCUGCAGUCAAACUCAAGACAUCCAUGUCUGAGCUUGAGCUGGAGGUGGGAUCCAGAUCCUCACAGGGCAGCAGUGGUCCCUCGAACCACUCACUUCUGUCUCGCUCCCACUCCGACCCGAGGAUGCUCCGUGUCUGGUCAGCAGUGGGAGUCAGAACUGUCCUGCAAGUGUUAAAAACAGAGCUUGACAGCAACUCAGACGAGUCCUUUGAUCAGCUCCAGAUGGCUAGAAACCUUCUAGCACGUCUAGCGUCGGGUGUCAAGAGCAUCGACAAUCUGGAAAUUGGUGAGAUGCUCCGGGGCACCUCAGCAAUCAUGGAGCCGGAGGCUGUGAGAGAACACCCAGAAAUAUCUUCCACUGCCAUCUACCAGUCCCUGCUCAUUGAUUGUCCUUUCCCACCAUCAGAGAGGGUUCAGGAAACAAUUAUCCUAAGCCAUCCACUCACUGCACAGGACGUGACCACACAGAGGAAAAAGCAGCAUUCUCCUGACCUUCAGACCGACAGCCUAAUGGCAGAAUACCCUGCCAAGGCACAACGGGUAGUGACUCAGGUCAUAAGAGAUUCUCCUUUAACCGUGGACAUCCUGUCAGCCCACGUCUCCUCAAAGAAAAUUGCUGAGGCCUCAACUCACGUUCUUGAGUCCCUUCUAGUGGACUUAAACGAGGCAGUUGAGGUGAGUAGGGCAGAGCGGAGCAAGUUCUGGGAACAGGUCCAGUUAUCCUCCCAGAAACUUUACAGCACAGCUGUGGACAAGCUGAAGAGUUUGUACACUGGUUGCCUCCUCAACAACGAGCAAGACCACCAGGAUACCCAUGUAACCGCUGACAAAAUCCAGGACAUGGAAGUGUCUACCAACAAUGACUUUAAAGACCCAACAGUUGCAGUCAGCCAGGAGUCAGUCCAACGCAGCGCCAAGAAGAUCCUCACAAAGGUUCUGAAUGUGAUCAAAGCCGGAGUAGCUGGCUCAGAGCACUCAUCUGUGGGCGAGCAGAUGACCGAAAAGUGCCAAGUUGCCACAGAGAUGUUGGACUCCAUUCUGAACAGACUAGAAGAUGAUGAGCCUGAUGUGGGUGAAGAGGAUCAUCUUCAUGUGAUGUCUGUCCGUGACAUCUACGAGGAUGUCUCAUCUAAAACCUCUCAGGUUUGUAUGGUGAUGAGUAGCCAGGCGAUGGACGCGUUGACCGAUGAUGUGUCUGCCGCGACCUAUGUGCAUGAUAUUGUGUACAGGUCAGAGAGUUGUCUCUCUCAGGCCACAAGUACCCACAGGUCAGGCACUAGCCAGGCCUCCAGUGACCUUGUUGUUGAGUACAUGUCUGAGCGCCAUGCCAACUGCCUUGACACCGCAUUGCCUGUAAGGUGCACUUCUACAGCUGUUGGCGAUACAGAGACUUGUCAUGUCCCCUCUGCCAGAGUGAAGAAGAAGAGUCAGGGCCGGAGGUUCAGUUGCUGCCCAAAGUUGCCAACGGUCAGGAUCAAGGUGUUCAAGGGCAGAGUGGAACCAGAGAGCCACCCCGCUCAAAAGGAGCUGCCUUCGCAGCGUUUCAGCACCUCUCGAGUUGCGCUGCAUGAUGAUCAUGCUGUCCCAUUCAUUCCCCAACUUGAGGACGACCUGCCACCAGCACCUGCACAGGAGUCCCGUAAACGUCCCCUGUUUGUGAGAAUGUUCCGGGCCAUUUCCAGGGCCAUCUCAAAGCCAUUCAAGGGCUGUGCUUUUUGCAAGAAUAAUUAGGAAAGGGUUAGCCAUCAACAUCUAAUAAACAUUAGCAGCAUU